UUGCCAAAUUGGACCCCAACCUUCACAACCACCAACAACAAUCAUGCCUCCCACAACCUCUCUCUUUGUGCGCUCUGCCAAUCAUCCUUCAGAAUCCAAUUUCCCACACAAAUCUCUAAAAUGCCCGCCCAACCCCUAACAAAAGCCCAACGAAUGGCCUACCGCAUCGCCCGCGGCGAAAUGGGCGUGCUAACCUUCGAGCCCUACAAAUCCGAAAUCCUGCCAUCCUGGCGUUUCAAAACGCCAUCCAUCGCCCGAAAAUCCUCAUCUGAGAUUUACGCCAAAUUCCUCGCUUACAACGACGCCGACGACUUCAUUGGCAUGGACAUGAGCCGCAAGUUCCUGCAAAUGGGCAUGACGCGCGCGAAGCGGUAUGCGAAUCACAAGGGCGGACGAAAGUACGAUAAGGUCACGGGAGAGGAGAUGGAGAAGGGGAGGGAUUUUGAGGGCAGGGACGAGAAGAUGGAGAGUAGUCUGAUAUUCAGAGAGGUUUGGGAAAAGGCCAAGUCUCACGACGGGUAUCAGGCGAAGAAGGAGAGGUUUAUGAAGGAGCAGAAGGAGUGGGAUAAGGCGCAGAAGGAAAGUGUGAAGACGGAGAUCAAGGAAGAAGAGGUUGAUGAGACUGAAAUCGAAGAAGAGGAAGACGAGUGA